AUGCCGUGCAACUUGAGCGACGCACCUUCGCUCAGUGUGGCCACGUUGCCACACAAAGCUGUCGUGAUGGGGUUCGGGUCGAAGCUCAUCAUUGGUCGAUAUCCCCUUGGGGAUGAGGCGACCCCGUCGCCACACAACUCCGUCCUGGUCGAUGACGGCCAGAUCGUGCGUGCCGUGGCGUUCUUGCACAUCCCUGAUGGCCCGCUGUGUGUUGUGAGCGCUGGGGACAAGAAGUUUAUUAACGUGUACAAUGUGUCGUCGUGGAAGCAGAACAACCCUAAUGCGCUUCAGAACUCGUCGGACGAUGACGAUGACGAGGGUGGUAUGGACACCGCCGACAUCUUGGACGACGAGGCGCGCAGAAAGUCCAAGGCGAACGCGCAGCCGGUGACCUUGAAGAAGCACCAGCUAGCCAAGGCAGAGUACUGGAAGCCGUCGUACCAGUACGGGCCGCACACGAAGCGCAUCACCUCGCUGGCCACCUGCUCAGAGGGGACGAUUGUGUUUGCCGACAAGUUUGGCGAGGUUUACCGUAUUCGCUUGAGCUGGUCGCCGUCGCACACGAUCGAGGUGGACGGCGACGCCACGAAGCCGGCUACGUUUCUGCUGCAGCACUUCAGCACUAUCUCCACCCUCUACCUCACUGCGCCCGUUCCGCGAAUCGAACCGGUGGCGGCCUCCGAGGAGCGCAGCGGUGUGGCAUGCCGCCGCCUGUUCACCUGCGACAAGGAUCGCCAUGCGCGUGUCAGUCGGUUCCCUGAGACAUACGUGGUGGAGCAAUUUUUGUGGACGCGCAACUCUGUGCAAUCAGCCGUCACGUGCGUAGCUGAGAUCAGCUACGUGGAGGAUGAGGCGGUGUACGACUCCACAUACCACCACAACGCAGCCCGCGUCAACAAGCACAACAAGUCGCUUAACGCCCCGUACUCGUACUACGUGACCGGCACGCACGCCGGUGACGUGCACUUCUGGGCUGCCAAGAACAACGUCUCAAUAGAGAGCGACAACGAGACGUUUCACCUCAUCGGCACCUUCCGUCCUCGCUCCCCGGAUGGCCAACCGGAAAACUUCGGCCCUGUCGUGGGGGUGACGGUGCUUACAAGCGUUAUGGAUCGCUUUGGCCACCCGCUUCACCCGCGCGACUGCCCGCGCGGCGUCCUCGUGGCGUAUGAGCAAUGCAGUGAUGUCUUCUUUGUGCCCAUCUACGACAACGUGGGCGCCCACUCUAUGCAUCCGGCAAUGGUGUCUGCGAGCCGCACGUCACUGGACGCCAGGCCGGUGGCCAUGGUGGGCAGCAACGAGGCCACCGCGUUUAUACUGAAGCGCAACGGCCACGUGUCCUUUAUGCACCUGUGCAUCGUGGCGCCGCCCGAGAAAGGAAUGCCGACGAAGACGUGUAGCUUCAACGCCAACAUCCCAGCCGAGGUGCAGGAGCUUCCUGUACGGAUGCCAUUCCUGGAGGAGCGUAUCAAGGCCGUCAUGUGCGGGCCUGCCGCCGUCGAGGAGGGUGCACAAACUGCAACAGGGACUGAUAGGUUAUCUGAGCUGGAGGCGCUCGACUUGUGUGCCUCAUGGCGCUACGAGGUCGUGGACCCCCGAACGCGGCGUCGGGACAACAACGAGGUGGACGGCGACGACGGCUCCAACGAAAGUGGCGGCGAUGAGGGCGAAGAGACAGGCUCGGCGCCGAAAAAGGGAAACGGCAAGAGGGCGCGAGUGGAGACGGAGCGCGUGCACUGA